GUCGUCUGCCACGGAGCCCUGUCGCCAGCCCAGUGCCAUGGCACCAACGCCCGCCGAAACAUGUUCAGAGGGCAGUGGAUGCUCCGAGGUGGCUGAGGCAGAGAGUGCCGAGCCAGUCAGUGGCACGGGAGAGUCCACCCUUGAGGAGAGAGCCAUCACUGCCCCCCUGGUGGUAUCCAUGGGCCCCGGGAAGCUGCCCGUUCCUGAACGGGAGACCUGGACCCGGCAGAUGGACUUCAUCAUGUCUUGUGUUGGCUUUGCUGUAGGGCUGGGCAACGUCUGGCGCUUCCCGUACCUCUGCUACAAGAAUGGAGGAGGUGUCUUCCUAAUUCCUUACUUGCUAAUCGUCUUUGUUGGGGGCAUCCCUGUCUUCUUCCUGGAGGUGGCCCUGGGGCAGUUCAUGAAGCAAGGUGGGAUUGCUGCCUGGAACAUCGCUCCCCUCUUCAAAGGGCUGGGCCUGGCCUCCAUGGUCAUUGUCUUCUUCUGUAACUCCUACUACAUCAUGAUCCUGGUCUGGGGCCUCUUCUACCUGGCGCACUCACUGACAGAGACCCUGCCUUGGGCCACCUGUGGCCACACAUGGAACACUCCACAGUGCACUGAGCUGUUCUAUCAAGGCAUCUGUGGCAACAGCACCACCAACGGCACCACCAGGAACUGCAGCAACCUGGCUGAUAAGCGUUCUCCCAUCAUUGAGUUCUGGGAAAACAAGGUGCUGCGGAUUUCAGGGGAUCUUGCUGAACCAGGGGAGCUCAGCUGGCAGCUCAUCCUCUGCCUGCUCACAACCUGGAUCAUUGUCUACUUCUGCAUUUGGAAGGGUGUCAAGUCCACUGGGAAGGUGGUGUAUUUCACUGCGCUGUUCCCUUAUGUGGUUCUUAUCCUGUUGCUCUUACAUGGGGUGACGCUGCCUGGCGCGCUUGAUGGCAUUGUCUACUACCUGAAACCUGAUUGGUCCAAGCUUGCUGUGGCACAGGUGUGGAUUGAUGCUGGUACCCAGAUCUUCUUCUCAUAUGCUAUCGGGCUGGGAGCCCUGACCGCCCUUGGCAGCUACAACCGCUUCCACAACAACUGCUACAGGGAUGCCUACAUCUUGGCUGUGAUCAACAGUUCCACCAGCUUCUUUGCUGGCUUUGUGGUGUUUUCUGUACUGGGCUUCAUGGCAUCUGAGCAGGGUGUGGAUAUUUCCCAAGUGGCAGAGUCAGGUCCAGGCCUGGCCUUCAUUGCCUACCCCAAAGCCGUGACACUGAUGCCACUCUCUCCACUCUGGGCUACACUGUUCUUCUUCAUGCUUCUUGUCCUGGGGCUGGACAGCCAGUUUGUGGGUGUGGAGGGCUUCAUCACAGGAAUCCUGGACCUGUUCCCCCAGCCAGCAGCAGGCUCCCCACGCAGAGAGGUCACUGCAGCCAUCUGCUGCCUCGUCUGCUGUAUCAUCGACCUCUCCAUGGUGACCCAGGGGGGCAUGUACGUCUUUCAGCUCUUUGACAAUUAUUCAGCCAGUGGGAUCACGCUUCUGUGGCAGGCCUUCUGGGAGUGUGUGGUGAUAGCUUGGGUCUAUGGUGCUGACCGCUUCAUGGAUGACGUUGCUCGCAUGAUUGGCUACCGGCCUCUGCCCUACAUGAAGUGGUGCUGGUCAGUCAUUACACCCGCUGUGUGUGUGGGAAUUUUCCUGUUCCACGUGGUGAACUACCAGCCGUUGACUUACAACAAGACCUACGUCUACCCGUGGUGGGGAGAGGCUAUUGGCUGGGCGCUGGCCCUCGCAUCUAUGCUCUGCAUCCCCUGCACUGUCGCUUACAAGCUUCUGCGAAGCAAGGGCUCCUUGCAACAGCGCUGGCAGGUGCUGACCACACCCAUCUGGGGCCACCACCACCUGGAGUACAUGACGCCUGAAGCUGAGGCAAAGCUGUUGCCCCCAGAUGGUCUUGCUGCCGCCCCCUUGGAGAAGGCAACGCUUUUUGAGACUGUGAUCUAAAGGGCUCAUCCCCUUCCCCGUAGCUAUAGCACGCGACACCAAGAUCAGUUGGAGGAGAGGGUGGAGUGGUGGAAUUAGGGUGGAGAUCAACCUGUUACUGAAGCAAGAUCACAAAGCAAGAGACCAAGAAACUUGCCCACACAACCUGUGCCGGCUGUCCACCAUUUUGGUCACAAUCGACAUCCUGUGCACUUCAGGAAGGCCAUCUUGAUUGAAGCUCAUGUGACUGAAAAGUUCUAAAUCAGGUCUGUUCAGAGAGUAACAUGGAGAUGCUAAUAGCAGCAGUAAGCAAAAAUUGCCACCCCUUACCCCCCACAUCCUCACUUCCUCUGGAUGAAGACCACGCCUCUCCCCUCCAUGGAAAGUCAGGUGAUUACCUUAUCCAGUUACUGUCAGUAUUCGCAUUCAAGCAUUACCCAAGAGCAUUAGCUUCCUCAUACUCGACAGGCUAGGCAACCCAUCACUAGCCAGACAAAUCCAUACCAGGUUUUGCAGAAUGCCUCAAUAGCCCUAGUGUAGAUCUGUACAGCAAAUGCUCCACCAGGUUUCCCCACCACCACCACCACCCUACCCCUGUGCUUUUAAACUCAGGCCUUUACUUGGGCUUUUUAACCCC